AUGUCCGCACCAGAAAAGAUAACACAGAUAUAUGCCCCCAACCCGAAUGCCACUGAGCCCGUCAACACCCAAGACAUCAUCUCCACGCUCAAGCUACAAAAACACGUCGAAGGCGGCUACUAUGCAGAAAUCGAUCGUAACCCACUUACCAUCCCCAAUCCCUUCCUGUCGCAGAAUGGCGGAGAUGAAGAAGAGGAUGUGAAGAAUACGGCUGAGAAACCCAUGUCGGGCGACAAUGCAAUCAGGAAUGCGAGUACAAGUAUAUACUACAUGUUGAGUGCAGUGAAUCCGCAGGGCCAUUUUCAUAGGAAUAAGGGGAGGACGAUACACACGCUGAUCUCCGGCCGAGGCCGCUACGUCCUCAUCCACGCCGAUGAACCCGGCGCGAAGAAACGCAUCGAAACCUUUGUCGUUGGAAACGACGUUACGAAGGGAGAGAAGAGUGUGUGGAUUGUUGAAGGGGGCAAGUACAAAGCGAGUUUUCUGCUUGAGGGGGCAGAGGGGGAGAGGCUGUUGAUUAGUGAGACGGUGAUACCAGGUUUUGAGUUCUCGGAUCAUGAUUUUUUGACGAUGGAGAGGUUUAAACAGCUUGUCACGGAGGAACAGGCGAAGGAGAUGGAGUGGUUAGUGAGGAAAGAUUGA